CCAUAAAUUACCUUAAAAGGAAAGAUAUCUAACAAUUUAAAGAGUCCAACCAAAAGAUUUAAGACAAAGAUAAAAAAACAAACAAAAGUCAAACACAUGUUUAGUCUGUAGAAGAAGAAAUCAUUGAUCUUCAUAAAUUCCAAAAUUUGCGAAAUCAAUCAUAUAGAAGAGACAACAAUUAGUUUGGAAUUAAGCAAAAAAAAAAAAAAAAUGGAUCAUAUUUAUCGUCAAUGGCUAAAGAGGUUUUCAUUUAAGAACGCAACAAUAGCUCUGACUAUCGUCAACGUGCUCAUCUUCCUCUACCUCCUUCGCGACCUUUUCACUUCAUCAUCAUCAUCUUCUUCUUCCUCUCACCGAAUCAUUUCAGCUCAGCUUCGGUAUAUCAAGGAAGCCCGAGAGAUUAGGCUUGCCAUGCAACCUUUGGAGCUCAUCAAAAGAGUCAAAGAAAUACAACAGGAGGCAUCUACAGGACAUGAAACAGAUGUAAAGCAGAACACAGAAGCCGUCGAUCUGUCUAAACGGCGUAAAGCUUUCCUCCCCACAAACGAGGAAUCAAGCUUGAAAGCAUUGGAAGAAUGGCGAAAGCGGAAAAUGGAACGAGCAAGACAACGGGACCUUGAGAAAACCGGUGGUGUUUCAUCAUCCAAAACAUCAUAAAGCCACUACUAACUCUCAACUAUCAGAUUUGUAACAUUAUUACCAAAAAAAAGAAAAGAAGAUAUCAGAUUAUCAUGGCGUCUGCUAUAUAAAACUAUGUAAACAUUACAAAGUCUCAGAAAAUAUUCAUAUUACUAUUAUAAACAUACAUGUUUGAAAGGUCAAGAAAUACAAAGAAAUCCAAUGAUCCGAUAUAUAAUCCGAUUUGAGUUUUAGGAAAAACUAUAAUUUUAAAAUCUGAUAAAAUCCAAAAAAAAUCUUUAAAAUCCGGAACCCUGGUACCGGUUGAACUAGUGGUUGAUCCAAUAGAUAAUUAAAAAUAAUAAAUUAUUAAAAUACAUUUGGUAUUCUAAAGAAGAAGUUAGAUUUUUAGUUUUUUACUAUCUUCUUCCUUUGUUGCCGUUUAUGUACGUCGUUUGCCUCAGUUUUCUACUUUGUAUGUCCUUCAACUUUUUUUUUAUCGUGAAUAUCUUUUACAUUAUAUUUGUAGUUUUAAUUUUUAUUUGUGAAUUUUAGUUUUUGAUGAAAAUUUUACUAUGCCACAUGUACACUGAAACAAACGAUGAUAGAGAAAACCAUAAUUAGUUGAUGUGUGAUUUGGUAUCAACAAUAUAUUACAAUUUGAUAUUUUAAUUUUUGUUUAUUUUAGAUUUAAAUUUUAAUUUCAUUAUUCACAGUAGACAUUUAAAUAGUUAUGAAUUUUAAAUCUUAAUAGUUUUUAUUAAAUGUUAAACUGUUUAAAUUAUUAUUGAUAUUUUGUAUGUGAAAUAAAAAUAAAAAUAAAGAAAAAUUAAUUUAAGAAUUUUUAUAUAAUUUUUAAAACAUAAAAUAUCUCUUAUGUUUUUCAAUAUAUAAUAUAUUAUUAAUUUAUUAAUUUGUAGUCGCGUACGUUCGAUCAAACAAUUUUGUAAUCAGGGAUGUUGUUCGGAAUGGGUUUUAAAACAUUGAAUAUUAUCCCAAAUUUAUUCUUUUCUUUGACGAAGACAUAAUAUUAAUAUAAAUAUUAUUUGAGUUUUUGUAUAGAUAAAGUUUUUGUAUAGAAUCAGCGAGGACAAAGAUACAUACAUAUGCAGCGCAUUUUUUUGUCCGUUGGAUUAGUUGUGCAUGUACCUUCCCCUUCUUUAUGCCUUUUGACACAUGCGGCUUGACACUGGUUGGCAUUGCAUGUUCCACUUUUGUUUCGUAAUGGAAGAUUACAUUGGUUGUCAGUUUUUUUUCUUCUGAGCAAUCGCCAUUUCACC